GGCAGGCGGCGGGUUGUGGUUGCGCGAGGCGACUCUGGAUCUCUCCAAGCGACUUAGCCACAGGCUAGCGCUCCGGUAGAAAGAGCGCUGCCAUGCCUACCAACUUCACGGUAGUGCCGGUGGAGGCGCCCGCUGGCGGCAACGAGGCCCCGAGUGCCCAAGGGGUAUUGCAGCAGCCGGAGCCUUUAGACGAGUCAGCCAAUGAGAAUAGUAAAAGCCAGGGCUGCGCUGGUGCCCACGACCGGCAACCACAACAAAGUGAGAGCGGCAGCGUGGAGCGCGGGAGCCAAGGUGAUGGAGUCCCACGGGAAAGUAGCCCAUUCAUCAAUAAUUCAAGUUUGGAGAGAGGAAGACUCUAUGAAGGAAAAAAUAUGGCGCUCUUUGAGGAAGAAAUGGAUAGCAACCCCAUGGUAUCAUCUCUUCUUAACAAAUUAGCCAAUUAUACCAAUGUUACUCAGGGAGUGGUAGAGCAUGAAGAAGAUGAAGAUACCAAGCGGAAGGAAAUCAAGGCUCCAUGUAUGGGUACUUUCAUUGGUGUAUAUUUACCCUGUCUACAAAAUAUUUUGGGAGUUAUUCUAUUUCUGCGACUGACAUGGAUUGUGGGAACAGCAGGAGUUCUUGAGUCAUUCAUUAUUGUAUUCAUAUGCUGUGCUGGUACUAUGCUGACUGCAAUAUCAAUGAGUGCGAUAGCAACAAAUGGUGUAGUUCCAGCUGGUGGUUCAUAUUAUAUGAUCUCACGGUCAUUAGGGCCAGAAUUUGGUGGAGCUGUGGGACUUUGCUUUUACUUGGGCACAACUUUUGCAGGAGCUAUGUAUAUUCUUGGCACAAUUGAAAUUCUACUGAAAUAUAUUUCUCCUAAUGCUGCUAUUUUUCAUGGAAGUGAGGAGGCCACAUUAAACAAUAUGAGAGUUUAUGGGACGUGCAUUGUUGCUCUGAUGGCGAUAGUUGUUUUUGUGGGAGUCAAAUAUGUCAAUAAGCUUGCAUUAGUCUUCUUGGCUUGUGUAAUCCUUUCAAUUAUGGCUAUUUAUGCAGGGGUUAUUAAAACUGCAUUUCAUCCUCCAGACUUUCCUAUAUGUCUUCUUGGAAACCGUACCCUAGCAAAAGAUAAGGAUUUUCCCUGUGCUAAAUAUAUUGAAACAAACAACGUAACAGUAACUACCCAAUUGUGGAGAUGGUUUUGUGGCAAUAAUCCCAACUUAAAUGCUACUUGUGAUGAGUAUUUUCAGUUAAAUAAUGUCACAGAAAUCCAAGGUAUUCCUGGAAUUAAAAGUAGAGUCUUACUUGAUAAUUUGUGGAGCAGCUAUUCAGACAAAGGAACAAUUGUGGAAAAACAGGAUCUUUCUUCAGUUCCUGUUUUAGAUGAAGCAAAAGAUGAACAAGUCUAUUACAUUUAUACAGAUAUCAUGACUUAUUUCACCAUGCUAGUAGGGAUUUAUUUUCCUUCUGUGACAGGUAUUAUGGCAGGUUCAAAUCGAUCUGGAGAUCUUCGGGAUGCUCAAAAAUCUAUUCCAACUGGAACAAUUUUAGCCAUCUCAACAACAUCAUUUAUCUAUCUUUCCUGUAUAAUUCUUUUUGGAGCCUGCAUAGAAGGCGUGGUUUUGAGAGACAAAUUUGGACAAGCAGUUAAUGGAAACCUAGUGAUUGGUACGUUGGCAUGGCCCUCUCCAUGGGUUAUUGUAAUUGGUUCAUUCUUUUCCACAUGUGGUGCUGGUCUUCAGAGUCUCACUGGUGCCCCCCGGCUACUGCAGGCAAUUGCAAGAGAUGGCAUUGUUCCAUUUCUUCAGGUGUUUGGUCAUGGAAAAGCAAAUGGAGAACCUACAUGGGCUUUGCUCCUCACCGCAUUUAUUUGUGAGAUUGGAAUUCUUAUUGCUUCUCUGGAUAGUGUGGCUCCAAUACUUUCCAUGUUUUUCCUUAUGUGCUAUCUGUUUGUGAACUUGGCAUGUGCACUUCAGACUCUUCUCCGAACACCAAACUGGAGACCUCGUUUCAAAUAUUAUCACUGGACUCUUUCAUUCUUAGGAAUGAGUUUGUGUCUUGCUUUGAUGUUCAUUUGCUCUUGGUACUAUGCCUUGGUUGCCAUGCUAAUUGCAGGAUGUAUUUAUAAAUACAUAGAAUACAGAGGAGCUGAAAAAGAAUGGGGAGAUGGAAUCCGAGGUUUGUCCUUAAAUGCUGCUCGUUAUGCUUUACUUCGAGUUGACCAUGGUCACCCUCAUACCAAAAAUUGGAGACCUCAAGUCUUAGUACUACUGAAUUUGGAUUCAGAACAGUUAGUAAAACAUCCUCGGCUGCUUUCUUUCACCUGUCAAUUGAAAGCUGGAAAAGGAUUGACCAUUGUGGGAUCUGUACUCCCAGGAACAUAUCUUGAUAAAUACGCAGAAGCUGAAAGAGCUGAAGAGAAUAUUCGAUCUUUAAUGGGAACAGAAAAAACCAAAGGAUUUUGUCAAAUCAUAGUGUCCCCCAGUGUUAGAGAUGGAAUCUCUCAUUUGAUUCAGUCUGCUGGUCUUGGGGGGAUGAAACAUAAUACUGUUUUGAUGGCAUGGCCUCAAUCCUGGAAGCAGACGGAUAAUAGAUUUUCUUGGAAAAACUUUGUUGACACUGUACGAGAAACAACAGCUGCACAGCAAGCUCUACUAGUUGCUAAAAACAUAGACUUGUUUCCAAUGAAUCAGGAACGUUUUAGUGAGGGCAACAUAGAUAUAUGGUGGAUUGUUCAUGACGGUGGCAUGCUGAUGUUGCUUCCUUUCCUCCUGAAACAACAUAAGGUGUGGAGAAAAUGUAGAAUGCGCAUCUUCACUGUAGCUCAGAUGGAUGACAAUAGUAUUCAGAUGAAAAGUGAUCUUCAGAUGUUUUUAUACCAUCUUCGAAUUAAAGCUGAAGUAGAAGUUGUUGAAAUGUUUGAAAAUGAUAUUUCAGCUUUUACAUACGAGAAAACUCUUGUGAUGGAGCAGAGAUCUCAGAUGCUAAAACAAAUGCAGCUCUCAAAGAAUGAAAGGGAGAGGGAGAUUCAGAGCAUCACUGAUGAAUCUCGUAGCUCAAUCAGAAGAAAGAGCCGCUCUAACCCACAGUGUAUUGGCCAAGGGGUAGACAGUCUGCUACCUAACGAUAUUCAGGAAGAAGAGGCUCAGUUAAUCCAUGACAGAAACACUGCAUCCCAUGGAACAGGAAUGGUUAAAUUGCAGACAACUAUUGCUGCCCCAGAAAAAGUACAGAUGACCUGGACAAAAGAGAAACUUGUAUCUGAAAAGCAUAAAAAUAAAGAAGCAUGUGCGCCAGGCUACAAAGAUAUCUUCAGUAUGAAACCAGAAUGGGAACAUCUGAAUGAAUCAAAUGUGCGAAGGAUGCAUACUGCUGUCAAGCUCAAUGGAGUUGUGCUAAACAAGUCACAAAAUGCCCAGCUGGUAUUACUGAACAUGCCUGGACCUCCCAAGAACAGACAUGGGGAUGAAAACUACAUGGAGUUUUUGGAAGUUUUGACGGAAGGCUUGAACAGAGUGCUUUUGGUGCGAGGAGGAGGACGUGAAGUGAUCACCAUUUACUCCUAAUAAUUUUACAUUAGCAAAUGUUGGGAGUAAAAAAAUUUGGGCUAGACUCACGUUUCUAGUGUGCAGAAUACAACAUUUACAGUUGAAUACUAUUCUCUCUCCUGUUUAUUACAUAGAUGUUUAAAGUUUGUCUUUACUGAAGAAAUGGGGAUGUAUAUAUUUUUAUAUUGUUAAUGUAGAAAACCAGGAGACUUAUUUUUGUCCUUCACAUGAAGAUGGGGCACUGAGUAUGGUCAUAGAACCUAUAUACAGAAAAGUUUUCUUUUUUUUUUUUGAUAGAGGAACACGUUUUAGUAUUUUUUUAAAAAUAACGAUGGGUUAAAUGAUGGGUUAGAAGAAAUAAACAAAAAAAAAAUGGGGUGGGAUGGGGACUCCAGGAAUUGUUUUAUAAAUGUCUACAAUUGUCAUUUUACUACUGACCAUGCUGAGUUACAACCAUUUUCCCCCAUAUCUUUUCUCCUUAGUUCUGUGCUCUUAUUUACGUAUCAAUUUGUGAAAUGCCUAGCACUGUAUUUUUAUGAGAAAAAUAGUUUAAUAAAAAUAAUUUAAUUUAGUCACCACAAUUAUUUAACUAUUUGAAAGGGCACCUCUGAGUUUUAUUUAUUUACCCUUAAGUUGUUUCAUUAAGAAGAUGAUUUGAAAAGAUCAUUUGCCAGUAACAGGUGGAUCAAAUCAAGAUUGUAUUCUAAAUACAUAUUCACUUGUGGAAUAAUCUCAUGUUUUUAGGAGAGAACAGUAAAAAAAUCUAGUAAAAUAAAAUUACAUGUGAAGUUCCAGCAAUCAGGUUUAGUUGCAGUAAUUGCAUCAACCAUUAUAUAUAUAUAUCAAUUUCCUUUGGAUGACUACUAAGCAAACUGGCAGAAAAGAACAAAAGAAGGUUAUUCUGGCCAAUACACAAAUGUGCACAGCACGUCGCAUUAGGUCAUGGAGUGGAAAGCAACCUGAAACCUACACAGAUGAUCCACUUAAACAGCCAAAAGGGUUUUGUUUCAGCCUGCAAAAAACAAACCACCCCUUCUUUUAGUGUCUACACAAUCUCUCCUGUACCCUUGUUGUGCAAACUACUUAGCCAGGCAUUAGGUGACCUAGUCCCAAGACUCAGACAACAUUCCCAAAAUGGGCAUGAUGAAAACAUGUAGAUUGGUAUAUUUUUCUAGUCUGUGAGCAUUGAAUGCAUCUAAAGUAUGGCUACUGGCAGUUAGAACCUUCUCCCAUAUGUAGGUUCCAUACAUUUUGAGCCAUAUCCUAGAAUAGUUAUUUUUUUCUGAAUUCCUCAAGAUAUUUUUCCAUCCUACUACAUUUUCCCAUUAUCUUUGUUACUGUCUUUUCACGGAUGAAGACUCAAACGAUUCCUAACCUUCACUUGGUAUUAAUGUAUCCACUAUUAUAGUGAACUUUGGUUUGUUGAAUAUUUUCUGUGUCAAGACUCCACUGCAAUAUGAUUACCAUUUUUAAAAAUAUGAAAUGGGGACAUAGCUUUUAUAUAUCUCUGCACAUUUGUGAAUUAUUAAAUGGAAAUAUCUGUAAGUUGCAUUAGCAUUUCCACAAAUGUAAUGGCUCAUAUGUUUUUAUCACAGAACUUAGUAAUGAGAAACUUAACAAUAGCUUCAUUCACUAUAAUUUGUUCACUGUUUCUCUAGUUUAUUUUUGUAGGUUAAAAUUGAUAGUUGCUGGCCAGUCAUUAGGGAUAGUCUAAUUACUUAUUGAUUGCCCAUAAUGAAUUUCACGGUUAUAGUUACACAGUGUUCUAUAUAACUCCACAAACAUUUAGAAAAUUGUUCUUUCAAAUGACCUUAAUAGGCUGCUUUGAAAUACUGUGCAUCAUUUUAGAAUCACGGAGUUUGGCAAAUCACUUUGGAAGACAAAGGAAUUCAAAGUUAUCUGGAAUAAUUGCUUGCCUGAAGUAAUAAAAUGUUCAGAAGCAUAUGCUAAUAGUAGAGCAUAUGCUUUGUGAGAAGAAAAUCCCAGAUUUAAUUGCCAUGAUCCCCAGGUAGAGAAAAAUAAAUCUAACUUCCUCAACCAGUAUUCCCAUUAAAAAGGAAAUACAUUCCAAUUCAGUUUUCCAAUUUAAAGUAUUUGAUCUUGAUUGGAGUCAUUCAAAUAUACACUCCUUUUUUCCCCUUUGGAUGUUUAUUGUCUAGAACAGGUGUCAAACUCUAUUUCAUUGAGGGCCGCAUCAGGGUUGUGUUUGACCUCAGAGGGCCGGGGUGGGCACAACCAGGGUGGGUGUGGCUAGCUCGACGUCACAUGUGUUGAGGGCGCCUGUGAUGGCCCGAGCACUCUGCCUGUGAAAACAGCUCCCGUGCUCCAUUUUUGGCUGCAACGGCUGCCUGCAACCCUCUGCCAGUGAAAAUGGACCUUGGGAGUUCCGCACAUGGUCCUCGGGAGCUCCAUUUUCAGCUGCAACGGCCUCCUGCAACCCUCUGCCAGCAAAAACUGAGCUCCCUUCCGAGCUAUCUUUUUCCUGGCAGAGGCAUGGUGGGCCAGUCUUUUGCUGUAUCCAGGGCAGCUCUGCGGGCCAUAUCUAAGCACCCUGUGGGCUAGAUUCAGCCCCCGGGCCUUGAAUUUGACCCCCCUGGUCUAGAUCUUCAUUAUCAUUAGUAAUAUGGUAGGGUUUUUCUCUAUUAAAGAAAUAAUAUAAUGUUUGUUUAUUUGAAAGAAGUCGAAGGGAACCUUGAGCUGCUGGAUAAUACUCAUUUGAUCCUACUUGUUUCUCAUUUUAGUAUGUCAUACCUUGUUAUCCUUGUUCUGCUGGCAAUUUAUUUAUUUAUUUAUUGGUUCGAGUUAUAUGCCGCCCUUCUCCGGAGACUCAGGUUGGGCCUUAUCUGUUUUUCUGUCACUUGCUACAUGGAGUCUUGUCUGUGCAAGUGACUUGUAUCACUAUCUGAAAGUUCUUCUAGAUAAGCUGUAAUAUCAGUGAAAGUAUCAUGCUGAAAGGGGAAAUUAAUCAUACCUUUGCAGAGAUGUUUUGCUUCUUCAACCAGCUGAUAAUAUUUUGAGGAGCUUUUAGGAAUAAUUCCUAAGGAUAUAACAGUUGGCCUGCAAAGCUGAUGACAUUUACUUAGCAACUUCUCAAUAGUAUGCUGUGUUCCCAAAAAUGAAAAAAAAAAAAAAUACUCAAAAGCUAUGUUAGCUAUUCUUCGUCUGGCAAUUAGCUGACAGAAGAAAAAAAAUCUAUUGUUAGUAGCUUAUCAUAAAUAUGGUGGAUAUGGGUGGCUGAUGGGGGAAUCAAAUGUACAUAGAUCAAUAAACACUUCAACUGGUGA